CCUCCGUCCAUGCCCGUCAACAGAAUAUCGAAUACCAAUUUGCUAUCGAUGGAUCGUAGACAAAAUAAAAAAUUUCAUACAAUAUCAACACAUACCAUUCAUCAAUCUCAAUGAUAUCUCUUUAACUGUACGGUCUUGGGCACUGAUAUACACAAACGUUGACGCGAACUUGGCUUUGUCAAAUAUCCCGUGGGCAAGGACUCGACCACUCCAAGUCAUCCAAUAGGACUUUCAAUACUGGUAUUUCAUCUAAAAAUCGACUGGGCAUGAUAUCUGUCUGAAAGAAAACUAUUCAAUCCGGCCUUGGCUAGGCAGGAAAAUUCCUGCUUUGGCUGCGCAAUCCCAUCAUGGCUAUCAUGGCUACACCGACAGUGGACAGAUUCCUUGAAGGCAUCUCCGAGAUAAUAAAUCGCAGCGAUGCUGAAGAGCUUCGGAAUUGGAUGCCGAUAGAGCCUGCUUUCCCCGAUAUUUAUAACAAUAUUAUACAAGAAAUGAGAUCUCAAUUUCCUGCAGACCCGGAAAAGCCUGCUGAGGUUAGCUCGCAGCUUGAGGAGAAAGUUCGACCUAAACUGUCAUCAGUGUUGCUGACAAACGGCGACGAAUGGACUGGAUUUGCUGCUUUCAUGUGCCAGUAUCUUGUCUACCUUCGAGAGGUCGAUCCAGGAAAUUUACUUAGCACGUACAGACAGUUGACGGAAUUGGUAUCGAAGUGUAACAGCGCACUUAGUGCUUCUGAGGUCGGAGUUGUCAUGUUGCCGGUUGCAGUAACCUACGCAAAAGUGCUGGCCCGACUCGCCCUUGGAUUAGAAAAGCAACCGGAGCUGAUCGCAAACUUCGUAGAGCAAACAGAUGAAGGCGGGGAGCGCCUGUCUUUGCCUGAGAGAGCAGCAAACACAAUACGCAACGGCUUCGUCGCAUGUCUCAAUGAAAUGGCACAAUAUACAUCAAAUCAAGCUACAAAACCUUUCGGGCGACAUGCUGGCAUCUACAAGCUCGCAAAUAUCUGUCUCAAGAUAUUUUUCGGAUGCCAGAAGACAAAAAGUGCAGAGCAGAUUUUUACAAACAUAGGGGCAAAGUCACCGCCCAUCGAGAUCUAUCCGCGAUCAGAACGAGCCACAUACUUAUAUUACCUCGGUCGGUUCUAUUUUACAGUCAAUCACUUUUAUCGCGCACAAGCUGCUCUUCAAGCGGCAUAUGACGAAUGUCACAAACAAGCCACCAAACAACGUCGACUCAUUCUUGUUUACCUCGUCACCUCAAACAUCAUCCUGGGCAAGUUUCCAUCCGAAGCCCUAUACCAGAAGCCCGAGGCACGAGGCUUUCGAGAACGUUAUCAGCCCAUCUGCAACGCUAUACGCAGCGGCGACUUGGCAAGUUUCCGUCGACUCACUGCCAUGGAUAACGAACACGCAGAGUGGUUUCUCUUUCACCGCGUGUUCCUUCAGAUUCGAAGUCGCUGUGAAGUCCUUGUGUGGCGGUCUCUCAGUCGAAAGGUGUGGAUACUCCACGGCGAUCGCGGGCAACCCGAGCUUCGUCGUCCACCAUUCCUCGAACUUGAAGAUCUUGUGACUGUUGCCCAAUAUCUUGAAAAACGUGCGCUUAACCCGCUUAGUUUGAGUGAUGGUGGUCCUGGAAAUCGCCAUACGAAUUGGGUAUUCAUGUCACAAGAUCCUCCAAAAGCCUCCCGUUACGUGGACGAUGAUUUCGAAGGUCUCGAGGAAGACGAUGAAUUCUUCGACGAGGAAGUCAAUCCAUUCCUCUUGCCCGAUUUGCAAGUCAUUGAGAGUGUAGUUAGUAGCUUGGUCAGUCAGGGGCUGAUCAAUGGCUACGUGAGCACACAGAAGAAACUGGCAAUCCAGGGCGCAACAAGGAAGCCUACGCUAGAGGCAGGUUGGCCGAAUGUAUGGCAAACUAUCAAGACAAGAUGCGAAAAAGGAGGAGAGGAUAUUCCGGGGUGGAAAAGACGGAGGAUAGGUUUUGCACAAGGUGGUAGACAGUUCAUGUGAGUGAAGCGAGGCUGUUGGGCUUGCAUCAGACCGCACAGAAUCCUGGGAGGUAUCUAAAUUCAUAGCUCAAAUGCUCAUGUCACCCAAUAAUAGAAAUGUAGCUCAGUUCUCCAUUAAACUGGGAGAUAGGCCGCUAAAGUU